AUGGGAUCUGAAAUGAAUUUAAUAGGACAUCAUCAGCUAGCCUCUGGUGAUGGAUUUCCUCUUGCUGAAGGUCCUCAUUUGUUUGGUGUCCUUUCAGAACCAAUGAGUUCUCCAGUGCAAGAGGCAGAUGUGUCACCUUAUGCACAGUACAACAAUGUGCCAUUUCCUCAAGUUCAGCCUCAGAUCUCAUCGCCACCUUAUUACUCCAACCUAGGCUUCUACCCUCCACAGCAUGAGGAAUGGUACUCCCCUGGGAUGUAUGAACUCAGGAGGUUACCCUCAGAGACCUUUUUCACAAGGGAGACAGAGAUUAUGGACAUCCCUGCAGCCAAAAAGCCCAGACUGGGCCACUCUACGGGAAGAGUGAAAGGAGAAGAACUCUGUGUGGUCUGCGGUGACAAAGCCUCUGGGUAUCACUACAAUGCCCUGACUUGUGAAGGAUGCAAAGGAUUCUUCAGAAGAAGCAUCACAAAAAAUGCAGUAUACAAGUGUAAAAAUGGAGGCAACUGUGAGAUGGACAUGUACAUGAGGAGAAAAUGCCAGGAGUGCCGUCUAAGGAAAUGCAAGCAGAUGGGCAUGUUGGCUGAAUGUAUGUAUACAGGUCUCUUAACAGAGAUACAGUGCAAGUCAAAAAGGCUACGGAAAAAUGUGAAGCAGCCCCCAGAUCAGACAGUCAGUGAAGACAACGAAGGCCAUGAUGUGAAACAAGUAACUUCUACAACUAAAAUAUAUAGGGAGAAGGUAGAACUUACCCCAGAGCAGCAGAAACUUCUUGAUUAUAUUAUGGAUUCAUACAGUAAACAACAAAUACCCCAGGAGGUGUCAAAAAAGCUAUUGAAUGAGGAGUUCAGUGCUGAAGGAAAUUUUCUGAUUUUAACAGAAAUGGCCACCAGUCACGUGCAGGUUCUUGUGGAAUUCACUAAAAAACUACCAGGCUUCCAAACCCUUGAUCAUGAAGACCAGAUUGCUUUGCUGAAGGGCUCAGCAGUAGAAGCCAUGUUCCUCCGCUCCGCUGAGAUCUUCAGCAGGAAACUUCCCUCGGGACACACCGUCCUUCUGGAAGAGAGGAUCCGCAAUAGUGGUAUCUCAGAUGAAUUCAUAACUCCCAUGUUUAAUUUUUAUAAAAGCAUUGGAGAGCUGAAGAUGACACAGGAAGAAUAUGCACUGCUCACAGCCAUAGUUAUCCUGUCUCCAGAUCGACAAUACAUAAAGGACAGAGAUUCUGUGGAAAGGCUUCAAGAACCACUGCUGGAUAUUCUACAAAAAGUCUGCAAACUUCACCACCCAGAUAACCCUCAACACUUUGCAUGCCUUCUGGGCCGGCUCACAGAAUUACGGACAUUUAACCAUCACCACGCAGAGAUGCUGAUGUCAUGGAGAGUGAAUGAUCACAAAUUCACACCUCUUCUCUGUGAGAUCUGGGAUGUGCAGUGA